AUGUCGAACCAACCCCCGCUACCUCCAAACGAGGGCAGCCCAUCCAAAAGCCGACAUCGCGAUAAAAGUAGCGCGAACACUGGACCCAGGUUCAGGAAAAACACUGGGGGGAACACAGGCUCGAAUAAUAGCACUAACAAUGGCGUCGUAGCUACUGCGAAUCCAAGCACCGGAAGCCCUGUACCAUCACACCAACACCUACAAUACCAAAACCAGGGCCAGCGAACACAAUCGCCCCGCGUAACACAUCCUCCGCCGCGGAUGUCUCAACCAGGACCUGUACACGGUUCCCCAACGCCCGCAUUUGUACACCCUCAUGGAUUACACACACAUUCGCCUCAUCCCACCCACGCUGCAACGCUUGGUCAUCCCGGACAACAGCCAAAUAUCCCUCAUAUGAGUGUUGUCCAGACACAUUCCCCGCAUACCCAUUCCUCGAACUUAGUUCAUUCACACUCUCAGCCCCUACCCCAUUCUCCAAAUAUAUCCCAUACCCAGCCCCCAAACAUAGGAUAUCCGAGUUUCAUCGCACACGGACAUUCUCCAAGUCUACAUACAUCAACGAACUUUCCUCCACACCCAAGAACACCAACGUAUGCUCAACACUCUCACCCACAUCAUGUGUAUCCUUCGCCGUCGCCAAGGCCACGGCCGAUGUCGAUGCAUGGAGGAAUGGGAGCUGUUAUGCCAGGGCCUAUGCCCGGCACUCCAACAAUGGGUUAUGCAAUUACACCUAUGGGCAUGGGAAUGCAUGUAGGCGCCACUGCGUACGAUAACCCCGCACUGCGAAUGGAAGUACCCAAUAUGGGACCGCAAAGUAUGAGCCAUAUGGCUGAUACAAGCAGUACACCUCCGUCCACGCAACCAGACCAAAGUACAGCAUUCAAUCUUUGCCGACGCCGAGUCGUUUCCCCCACUUUAGACGGCCAACCGGCCGCGUAUGCAUCUGCAGUGGAUCCGGAGCUUGCAGGGAUAGCCAUGCGUGUAGUAAGCCCACAGCCCGUCUUGCUCCCAAACGGGUUCUUGUGGGAGUUUGAGAUCCCCCGAGGUAUGGUAUCUACAUCAUUGACAAGUGGGAUCUUGAACGUCUCUGGGACGGCCAUUUCGUUAUUGCUUGAAUCGCAGCCAGCUGAUGCGUGUGCGAGAGGGGAACACACAGCACGCAUAUACAUGCCCCAACAGUGCCUCGAAACACACCCCGGGUGGGAGGAGAAACGCGCGGAGUGGAUUGCAGAGCGGACUGAACAAUACCCUUGGCGCGGACGAAUACCUGAUGUUGCCAACUCUUAUAUUUCGACACCACAUCGGACGGGAAAACCAGUCACCAUGUGGGUGUGUAAGAGUAGAUUCCCAGACCUGUCGCAGAGAUCGGAGAGUGAAGUCAUGGUUAUUGCAAGGACGGCGGUACAAGGUGGAAGUGAGGAAUGGUCUCAGAUGGUCUGUCGAAGAGCUAUGCCUCCGAUGCGGACAAUCCUGCCUCAAGGAGAAUCUCAACUCAAAAUGUGGAUACUGCGAGCGCUUUCGAUUCUCGUAUUACAGGGGGUGGAAGUGGUUGAAUGGUCCUAUGAGUUUCUCGUCUCGGAACAGCAGUUUUGGUGGAUAUACCGGGGGAGGAGUCAGUCAGGUGGAGAUCCUGACCUGUCUGAGUUGGAUAGAGGGGAACCAAUCCCCGAUGACACAUGA